CCAGGUUACAAAAAUUAUAAUAGUUAAGACACGGUCAUUGUAGCGUGAUUUUCACCUGUGUGGUCAUAAAACAAUCUGCAGCGUUUAGGGGAGACCAUUCGUGUGGAGAAACCCGGCAGGGCUGGCUGACAUCAGAGCGGAAGGAGGCUAGUGUGGAUGGCUGGCCGUGGAAAGCGAGGAUACAAGCUACCAUGCGAGCCCGACUAGCCGGUGGCGACGAGGGCCUGACGUGGAUGACUGCAAUAAGAAUGGCAAAAAGGCUGCAGAGGCAAUGUCACUCAGUAAAGAGGACAUGUCCAUCUUUGGCCUCUACCCUGGCCAUGACGACUUCUACCUGGUGGUUUGCAGCCAUUGCGGGCAGGUUGUGAAGCCACAGGCCUUUGAAAAGCACUGCGAGCGGAGACACGGGCCUGUGGCUAAGCUGUACGCCCGCUUACGCUCUCCCACUCCGGCACCGCAAACCCAACAGAGAAGCCAUCAUGGCCACUCUCCUCCUCAUGGGACCAACGCUGCUUCGUGGGAGGGUCGAAACCAGGGAGUCGGGCAGCUCCGGGCAGCUCCACCUUCUCCCGUCACACCACCACAGUACAGAUACUCGAAGAGUUCCAAGGAUGGAGUGCGACAUUCCCCACUGGAGAAGUCCCACAGCAGUCACUUUGACUGUUCGAUAUUCAAGCAGCCACCACCUCUCGAGCCUCCCAUGAGCUCCCCACCUGCGUCUCUCAGAGAUCCCCCUUGGCCACACGGAGGUACUCCGCCUGGUAGAUCUUCACCCAGUGACAGGCACCCCACGGUGAGAAAGGAUUCCACUCAAACCUCAGCUGCCACACGCCACCGCAUCCCCAGACCCUACAACAAAGUGGCCUCCAAGAGGAAGUGCGACUUGGACAAACACUGCGGCGUCCUUGACCCUGACAGGAAGAAAGUGUGCACCCGCCUGCUGACAUGCAAUAUUCACUCCAUCCACCAGAGGAGGAAGGUGGUGGGCCGCAGCAAGAACUUUGACCAGCUAGUGGCAGAACUCAAGACCAGGGUUCGAGAGAAGGGGAGCCAAGCCCUGGAGGGAGGCUCCUCGACGGGACAGUCCCUCAGCCCAGAGGCCCCCAGGGAGCAAGCUGGUACUCCACACUGCAGGAGACCUUUGGUCACCCUCCCUGCCUUCAGUUGGUCUACGGCUGUGGUAGAGAGUGCCCCAGAGGAGGAGAGCCAGCGGUUGGAUGAGGGUAAUCCCAGAGUCCCCUCACCUCUGGUCCACGGACGAAUCUCGAGUGAUGAAAGCGAGGCAGAAGGAAACGAUGAGCGAGCUGAUUUUCCAUCUUCUGCUGCACAUCCCAGACCAGUGGCGGUGUGCUCAUUUGGAAGCCAUGUGUUGGGUCAGGGCAUCUACACGUUUGACAGGAGACUACACCACCUGAGGUCUGCCUUCAGCAGUAUGCUGGAACAGCACAUCAGCGCCCAUCUUUGGAAGAAAAUACCUCAAGCUGCAGACCUUCAGUCUCCUCCUCCUCCAGCCAAGACCAGCACAUCAGUGUCUCCCACCAUCAUGUCCUCCUCUUCAUCACAUUCUAAGGUUCGCACAGGAAGUCAUAUUAGCUCCUCCCUCAAAGUGGCGUCAUCCUCAUCAUCUUCCAGUCGAGGGCCAGGGAGGCCCCCGACAUCCACACAGUCAGAGAACUACGGGAGCAAUAGCAGCAGCAUCAUCGCUGGUAGUCACGGUGCUCCUGCGGCGACGCGGUACGCCAGUCCCGGGCGACCCAAGAAUCCAGUCGGACGUCCCAGCAAGCAAAUGUUGAAGCUGCGAGAGCAAGUCGCUGCAGCCGCUGUUCUCCGCAAGCGCAAAGCCCCAUCCCAGGAAGGAGAGCACUCGGGUCCCGACAGGAACUGCAUCGUCCUCCAGGACCGGGGCCGCCCGCCUUCCAACGUGUCAUCUUUAUCUUCCAAAGCGCCCGCACACGGACAGACCAAUGGCACGCUUUCCCCCAGCAGCAAACCCCACCCCCAACCUUCCCCCACAGACGCCCAGUCACCGACCACAAAGGCUAUUUGGACUUACAGACGGACACACCCUCCUCUGGGAGACCCUUCUCCCACCACCAAUUCCCACAGCCGUGCUUGCGUGGGAGACUCAGGGCUGCAUGGGCAGGGCAGUGGGAGGGUCUUUGAGCACCAAAUGGGAACGGUGAAGAAACGCAAAGGGGGUCGUACGGAGGAUAACGCUCCCUCCUCUAAGCCUUCAGCCCACUGCCUGACUUCCUCCUCUUCUUCCAGCUCUGCCACUUCGUCUCCGCGCUCAAACUUCUACCCCUGGAAAGACAAUAAAAGCGGGACGCUUUCUGGGGGUGUGGAGAAGAAACUGGGCACACAGAAGCCAAAACUGCACCAUUAAGUGUGCCUGCCUUACAAGCCACGAUGAGGGAGCCAGCUCUGCUCAGUCCAGGACUGAGCCAACAGGACUGUGUGUGUCUGUGUGUGCCUUCUGUCUGUCGAGCAUACGCUCAGGUGUGAAUGUGACCGGUUGUUUGUAUGUGCAGUGU